UAAUCAUCCAAGUGAAUCAUGGGUCCUGCUUUGUUAGAGUUAUAUGCAACUCCCUCAGUGAAGAGACAAAUGUCCGAGAAAAGGGAUUCAUCACCUCAACUAUUUAAUUCCUCACCAACAACCGGACGACCAAUGACCAGAACUCUCUCAAUGAAGGCCGAGCUAAUUAAAGAUUCAACUGAUGGUGAGAAAAAAUUAGCCGCCUCCCGAUCGGUGGAAUCAACUUAUUCCCUUGGUGGUUAUUCAAUUAAAGGAGGUUUCAUGUCAAGAUCAUCCGGUGGGUCAUCUUCUUUGACCUCUUCACCUUCCUCUUCAGUUUCAGCUUCAUCUUUACUUUUACUACCUAAAAGUAAAACCAAUUCAUCAUCAAGCGCAAUUUCAACAACAACACCAACACAAGCCAACAUCUCAUCAAAAUGUUCAUCAUCUUUGGCUAAAUAUUUUCGCCUUAAAUUUAUUGGUUCAGCCAUUUUGGAUAGACGAUAUACUCUUCCCAUGUUACCAUGGAUUAUCAAUGAUAUCCGACGUAAUUCAACCCAUAGAAAUUGUAAAGACAUUGAACUUGAGGUUAAUGAUAUUUGCCUAAAGGCGGUGGUCAAAGGGGAGAGAGCACCUUUGUUUGUACAUUCACAUCAAUUUGUAUCCAAAUUUACACCUGAUCCAAGUGACAAGGCUUCGUUUACUUAUUUAUUUCGAGAUCACCCUGAUUCCCAAUACACAAUUUACUUGUUCCAAUCAACAUCAGAAAAUAUGGUUCUUGAUUUAAUCAAUGCCAUGAGGGAAGCAACCAAAGUCCUUAAUUUUCACAGUGGAUCAAAUUUAAUUCAACGAUCAGGAACAUCUAAUUUAGAUAACAUAUUAAGUAAUUCCCAACAAUUUGAAGUCAUGUAUGUUGGUAAAAUUAAGGUUUACCAAAAACGAGCACCACCAAGUUUCAUUGACGAUGCUGUUGAAAAUUUCCGAACCUCCGAACCCAUUAAGGUGAAAUUCAGUGACAAGGAGGGCGAUGAAAAUAUUCAAUUUCCAUCAUCGGACCGAAGUGAAAGUGAAACCUCAGUGACCCCAACAGCCUCCGGCUCUUUAUCAACCUCCAAUUCACCGACCACAACCCCGUCGAUAGUUAAUCAACUUGGGAUGCAACGACCACGAAGCAUUUCCUCCCUAACGACCUGUAAAGAGUAUAAAGAAACCCUGGACGAGGAAAGUCCAAAAGAAGAGGUUGUUAUGGUCACUUGUUUACCUAAAAACGAUUCAAUGACCAGUUCAACUCACCCGGUAACCAUAACGUGUACCAGUCAUAACGAUGAAAAAGAUUCCGUUUUCAGUGACGAGGGACGUGAAUCAAUGGACGACAGUAGUUUAAACUUUUCCCGGCCAGGUUCAAGUGCUAGUACAGCUUCAGGGGGAGGUAGUAUUUUCGGCAUUUCCACCGGUGGGACAAGUCUUCAUCUUCCCUCUUCUUCACUGAUAACCAAUACCCAAUCACUUGAUGAACAAGGUCGAGCAUCAAUAAUCCGUGACCUUGAAGUUUGUUCAAAACACAAUCAAGAUUCACUCUCACCAAUACCCUCACCAAACCCACCGGAGGAAAUUUACACACCCGAAGAGGAGAAUGAUAAAAAACCAGUAACAACUCCAAUUAAAAUUGAAAUAAUCGAUCCAAGAAUAAUCAUCAACACCGAAACACCAGAGACAAAAGUAACAACAACCUCACCCUCUUCGAUAUCUUCCCCAGUCCCAACAUCUCUUACUCCUCACCCUCCUUCUGCGACACCAUUAGUAUCUUUAUCACCGGAAUUAGUUUCAUCUACUCCCUCAUCUCCGAAUAACGGUAAUAAUAAUAACACCAACAUUCCAGUGCGAAAAUUGUCAACAGAAAAACAGGUUUCACUUCCCUAUCGUACUCGAACCAACUCCGGUGGAAAUUCUGACCUACGACGUAACCGCCAAUCAACCAAAUUCCAAAAUCGAACGAUGCUAUUUCUUAUUGGUCGAUUAGAAAUCUGUCUAAUUAGUCCUGAUCUUCAUCAGAUUUUAUUCAAUAAAACUUUCAACUAUGUUUCCCACUGUUCUCAAGGGGUCAAGUAUAUGGAUCACUUUGGAUUCAUUUGUCGGGAGCCUUCAUUUUAUCCCAGUGAAACUUAUGUGGGCUACGUUUUCCGUUGUCAAACCGAUAAACUGGUCAAUGAGAUCAUGCAUACCCUUAAACAAGCCUUUCACAAUGCCCACCACGCAUACCAAGUCAAUAAGAAUAAAUCAACGGCAAUUUGUGAAACAUGUCCAAUGCAAUGGUUUCAUCGACUCUGUGUUGAUGUUGAAAGUUUACCCGCUGAAAAAGCUCAGACGGUUAUCUUACAGCGACUUGAUUCACUUCCGGAUGUCGAUAAAAAUGAGGUCAUGUCCAUGUACGAGGGAAGUCAAGUUUCAUCUAUCGAAGAACAGAAUGAAAUCAUCAUGAUGCUACUUCGAGGAAUGUCCGAGCGUAAACAACAGAAACACAAUCACCAUGGUAAAGACGAUAAACGAAAUUCAAUUUCAACCCUUGACAAUUUAAAGCAAAAAGCGAAAAAAUCUCUGUCUAAUUCAUUUGAAACAAUUCUCAAGCGAGCAGGAUCACCUUCAAUCGCUAAUUAUUAUAAUCAAAGUCCUUCCAUUAGAAUUAAAUCACAACGUAGUCACACCCUGCAUGAAACUCGUGCACGAGCAUCAACCAUUUCUGGCUUUAUUAAUAUUCCUAAUCUUGCACAGGGUGAUUCAAAUGAUGAUUUGAGCUCAUCAUCAAAUCCUUCACCCAAACAUGGUAACCGAAGUGAUCACUCCUUUUUUGAAGUGACCUCUUCACGUCCACGAAGUUCAACAAUUGGUGAUGUUAAAGAUUUACAGGAAAUCGGAGGUCGAUCAGGAUCUAUUUCUGGAAGUAGUGGACCAACUAGUAGUGGAUCUGGUGUAUUUGGUUCGGGUUCCGGGACAAGUUCAGGGUUUGGUUCAGUUGGUGGUUCAAUAUCUCAGGGGACACCUCGACUUGGACUUAGGUCAGAGUCAAUCCCAUUGAAUGGAUUGGGUUCACAAACAAAGAGUCCGCUGUAUAAUAUAUUCAUGAAAAUUGGUACUAACAAUAAAAGUUCAGCUAGUUCAUCGUUCGAUAGUGCCAGUGAAACGGGCGGUGGAAGACGAGGAUUGGGUGGCGAUGGAUACAAUGGUUCGUCAAUUGGUUCUGAAGAUCAAAGUUCUGGCUAUUCAACUUGGUCAAGCUCUUCAUCCGGUGGAAGCUGUAAACAAAAUAUAAAAGAGCAGCGAGGCUGGAGGAAAACAAUUUUCUCUAAUAUAAAAACCACCACGACGACAAAAAUUUUGGACAAAUAUGAUUCCCAAGAUUCGUCUCGAUAUUCACUUGACUCAUCAUCGGAUAAUUCAUCGUUUAACUCAUCGAUAUCAGCAGCCGAUACCAAUGUCAACUCAAUGGAAAGUGGGGUGGCGGUGUGUCAAUUGUUUCACAACAGCCGAGAAAAAGUUCAACUGAACUUCGAGAUCUUUGGAAAAAAGCAAUUAAUCAACAAAUCACAUUAAUCCAAAUGGAAAAAGAAAACAAAAGACUUCAAGCUAAUCAAAAUGUAGUGACCUGUAAACGGAUGAAACUGGACUACGAGGAGAUUACACCUUGCCUUAAAGAGACCACGAAAAUGUGGGACGAGCUAUUAAAACGCGAUCCAAACGAUUCAUCACUCGAAUACCUAUUAAAA